GGGGGCCUCCUGCAGCGGCGCUACGAGGGCGAGCUGGCCGAGCUGCGCCGCCUGCUCGACGACCAAGCCGCCAAGCGCGCCGCCCUCCAGCUGGAGCUGAGCGCCCUCCGCGACCAGCACCGCCAGCUGCGCGACAGGAAUUGUAAGAAAGAGAACGACUUGAGCCUGGCAGUUGCUCAGAUACGGGACUCAGAUGCUCAGCUCCGGUCCAGGGAGGCUGACUUGGCCACAGCUUUGAGCAGACAGCAGAGCUUGGAAAAGGAUCUUCAAGAGUCAGAGGACCAAAUAACCUCCCUCAAGAAGACGGUGAAAGAUACUAAAAACCAGCUUCAGAAUGAGAGGCUGAAGGGGAUUGAUCUGGAAAACCAAACGCAAACAUUGCAAGAACAAAUGAUGUUCCUGAGAAACCUUCACAGAGAUGAACUUAAAAGGAAGAAGAGCUUUUAUGAGAGUAAGAUAAAAGAAAUAGAGUCUGGCCGUCAGCAGGAGUUCCAGAGUAAACUCCUGGAUGCCCUCCAAGCACUCCGGCAAGAGCAGGAACAUCAGAUUGAGGCCUACAAAGAGCAGGUGGAGCGGAAAUUUGUGUGCAAAGUAGAAAAUGCCCAGUUUUCUGCUGCAAAAAACAGUGAUUUUGCCAACACUACCCAGGAGGAGCUCAAGAAAACGAAACUGAGAACUGAUUUCUUGACAUCCCAGAAUGCUGCAUUAGAAGCCAGGAUCAGUGAGCUGGAGGCCACGGUAAGGGAGCUGGAGAAGACGAUAGAUGGUGAGCGAGACACGCACAGGAGAUGUGUAGCUGAGAAGAACAGAGAAAUGGCAGAGGUCCAGCAACAAAUGCAAGCUCAGCUGGAAGAGUACGAGCAUCUGCUGGAUGUAAAGCUGGCUCUCGAUCUAGAGAUCAGCGCAUACCGAGCUAUGCUGGAAAGAGAGGAGAAGCGGUUAGGACUGUCCAUGCCCUCCUUGGAAAGUGUCAGCACGCAUUCUACAGCCAGCCGGGGCCGUCUCUUCCUACAGGGAAAUAAAAGGAAACGGACCAUAGUGGAACAGGGAGGCCCCAAGAUUGGUUUCAAGGGAGUCCAGCAUGCUUCAUCUUCAGGAAGCAUCUCUAUAGAAGACAUUGACGUUGAAGGGAAAUUUGUCAGAAUUAAAAAUAAUUCUGCUCAGGAUCAGUCGCUAAGUGGAUGGACACUCAGAAGAGAAGACAGAAAUGAAUCUGACAUGAUGUACCAGUUUCCGACAGGAUUCACUCUUCAGGCUGGUCAAAAAGUUACAAUCUGGCGCUCCAGAGAUGAUCUCCAGGAAAUUGGCUUGACCCUUGUCUGGAAAUCCCAGAAGUCAUGGGGAAGUGGAGAGAAUGUCAACAUCACGCUCCUUAAUGCCGAAGGGGAAGAAACUGCAGAAAGAACGAUCAUCUAUGCUGAAAGAGAAGGAGGCGGCUUCACAAAAUGGAAGCCACAUCUGUCCAAUCAUGUAGGUGGUCAACAUCAGCAGAAGCUUCCUUCAGCUAAAAACCUGUGCUCUGCCAUCUGCCAAGAAUUCUUUUCAGAUGACGUAUGA